GAUGAUAGCUGCAGUCACGUGACGGCUUAGUUUGUUCCAAAGCGACACAAUACGAAAACAACAAGCAAGUGUAAUAUGAAUGAUGGAUGUGUAAAACUUACUGUACUAGAGAUUCAUGAGAGGAACACCAAUUGAGGGUGUAAUGUACAGAAUUUGGAAUUUCAUUCCAGUUUCAACUCGUAGCACUUUGAUUAAAAUUUGAAAAGAAUAUAUUCAAUAAGACAAAAACUGAUACUUCAUUUAAAUUUGCAGAAGCAAAAAAAUUGCAAUGAAAGUAAUAUACUAAGUAUGAUUAUUAGAUUAAGGAAAUGUCAUCAUCAAGUCAAAGGUCAAGGUGACAGUAAGUCAAGUUCGCAUAGAGAAGUUGACCUUUACACAGGUCAAGGACAUUUCCUUCAUGAGAACAAAGUCAAGGGCAAGAAUGUUGUUCAAGAUUGGACUAACAGUAAUCAUAGUUGUAGCAAUCUAUAUGUACUAUGCAAUAAAUCUUGAAAGCAUAAAGGACACAUUUGAAGGUACCAGAGAUGUAGAUCUAAGUGAGGAACAAGACAUAAAUGAGAAUGACAAGAUUGUUAAUGAUGAAGCCAAGGAUACUGAGAAAAACAAAGCACAAGCAAAGGAAAAUGAAGAAAGAGCGUUGCGAUGGAAACAAAGUAUGCAUAUUGCUGUGGUGUCCUGCGGCGAUCGUAUAGAAGAGAGUAUGGUCAUGUUCAAAUCUGCUGUACUGUUUUCUCGAUCACAUCUCAUUUUUCACAUAUUCACUGAACCAGAACAUAUAAAGGCAUUCCAAGAACAGCUAGAUUUCUGGCCACCAAAGUAUCGAGAGAAAGUAGAGUAUCAUAUCUACAAUAUAACAUUCCCAUCUUCAGAUGAAAUAAAGGCUGAAGACUGGAAGAAACUGUUCAAACCAUGUGCUUGCCAAAGGCUGUUUAUUCCGGAACUGUUAACAGACGUAGAUGCCUUAUUGUAUGUGGACACAGAUGUUUUAUUCCUCUCCCCUGUUGAUGAAAUCUGGGAGUUUUUCCACAAGUUUAACUCAACCCAACUAGCAGCAUUGACCAAUGAACAUGAGGACAAGGCUAUAGGCUGGUACAACAGAUUUGCUAGACAUCCUUACUAUGGUGUAACAGGUGUGAAUUCUGGAGUUAUGUUAAUGAAUCUCACUAGGCUUAGAGCAUCAUCAUGGUUACAGUCAAUGCAUAAUUAUUACAAGGAGUAUAGACUGAAAAUUACAUUUGGGGACCAAGAUCUCAUCAAUAUAUAUUUUCAUUAUUAUCCUGGGCAGCUGUAUUUGUUUUCCUGUGAGAUGAACUAUCGUCCAGAUCACUGUAUGUACAUGAGUAUUUGUAAACCUGCUGAGAAAACUGGGGCCUAUGUUUUACAUGGAUGUCGUAGAGUUUGGUUCCUUGAUAAACAGCCAGCAUUUAAAGCUGUAUACACAGCAUUUAAAGAGCAUUAUCUUGGUGGAAGUAUUAAGUAUGAUCUCCUCAUCUCGGUAAAUUCUCACCUGAAGAAAGCAAAUUCAUCCAACUGUGGAAAGUUACCACAGCUGUUUACAAAACAGAUAGAGGAAUAUAUCAUCAAAUCAGAAGCACCACAGUCCUGAUACUUUGUGUACUUUGAUUCAAAUGCAUAAUUAUGUCUCCCACCACAGUGGUGUGGGAGACAUAUUGAUUUACUCCAAUCUGUGUGUGUGUGUCUGUCUGUCUGUCACAAAUCUUGUCCGCACUCUGUCGAACAUUUCUCAUCCGAUCUUCACCAAACUUUAACAAAAUGUGUUUGACCAUAAGUCCUCGGCCAAGUUCGAUAACUAGCCAAAUCGGCACAGGCACUUCGAAAUUAUGGCCCUUGAAUUACCCAAAAUCAGCCUUUUUACUCUUCAAAGGUAUAUUUGUAGUGGGUAAACAGUAUAUAAAGACUGACUUACUAUUUAGAUGAUUAGGCAGUUCUGGGAGACAUGUGCUUUCUCAAAAGCAGCUCUAGUUGUACUUUGUUUUUGGUUAUACAAGCAAUAAAGUGAAACAUCAAGAACUUUGAUCAUACCAAAUUUAUUUUUUGUUAUGUUCAGUAGAUAUAAUACAUUUACACAUAGUUUGAAAGAAUUGUUUCUUUAACUUUAUUUAACAUCCUUUAUUUAUUAAUAAGUUCUUUUUAUUCUUUUGAAAAGAACAUAUUUCAAACUUUUAUUUUCCAUCAUCUUGUAACAUACUAGGUAUCUUUUUCCAGUGACAGUGUUGUGAUUUUUUUCCCCACAUAUUUAUAUUAUUAUUGCAUACUUAAUACUUAAAGAUAUCCACCAUUCAUCUUUCACUCAAGUAUUUUAUCAUCAGUAUUUAACUUCACUAAAUAUAUAAAUGAAUUAUGUAUGUAAAAUUAAAUAUUCUGAAGUAACAGUCAACUGUUAAAAAAAAACUUCCAGUUAAUGACUAUGUUUAGGUAUAACUGUAUUAGUGUGUAUUAUUUUAAACCUUAUAUAUAGUACACGUAAACUUGUUAAUUUAAUGUUUACAUAAACUAUAUUUAGUAAUUGUACACAUUUUCAAAUAUGAAGUUUGGAUCUAGUAUACCUUAAAAGGUUUCUGUAAAAUACUCGGUAUUAACAUGAACUUUAAUGUCACUUAUAUUUUGGAGUUUAAUUGCUUGCAAGUAAGUGUAUCUCAAGUUCAUGCUAAUGAAAGGUGUUUAAGAUUACAGUAUAGAAAUAUAACUAGGCUGGUACCCAGUUGAAACUUCACAUUGGAUGAGCUUAUUUAUACAACAGCUUGGUACAAAUCAAAAUAUAUAUAACAAAGUAUUUUGGUUCUUUUCAUGUUUUCUUCUUAUUUAAACAAGGAAAAUAACCAGAUCCAGGUGAUUAAAUCAACUGAUGACAGAAGAUGUUAAAUUUAUACAUGUUGAAAUUUAAUUUUGUGUAAAUACUUUUUUUUGGUCAUUGGUUUUUAUUAUAGAUUAAACAUAUGUGCCUAAUUAACAUAUGUUUUGUUAUAUUCAGUAUUGAAAUUUAUUGUGAAGUCUGUUUUGCUAAUAGGAAGAGUUGAUUGGAAAUAGAAAUAGGUAUAGGUUAAUAAGAAUUUUUGACUAGAUUGUGUCAUUCAAAAUAAAGUCUAUCAAAAUGCAUGAAUAUUUUUUUCAGAGGAAACCCAAAAUACAGACAUACGUUUAUUAGGAAAAAAAUAUAUAUUCUUCUUGAUUCAAAAAAUGAGAAAUUAAGUGUACAAAUGGCAAAAAAAGCUUUUCCCCAAGAUUUUAGGCUCAAAUGGGGGGGCUAAUAUUAUAUACAUGGAUGCACAUUAAAAUGUGUAUCUAUGGCACUUUUGAAACACAAAACAUUAUAUUUCAAUACCAUGGUACUAUUUGCAUCAUGUAAUUAUUUUUAAAAAGAAUUUUAUCAUUGCAUUAAUCUAUAGGCCCAACUAUAGUUAGGAACCAGCAUGGGAGCCAUCUGUCUAGUCACGAAAUGGCGGACAGGUUUUUGAGCACUACUUUUUCACUUGGCAUGGCCACAGAGGUAAAUUAAAGCUGUUUUCUGUUUAAAUUUCAUUGUGGAUGUAUUUUUAGCUCACCUGUCACGUAGUGACAGAGUGAGCUUUUGUGAUCACCCUUCGUCCAUCGUCCGUCCAUCCAUCUACAAUUUCUUGUGAACAAGAUAGAGACCACAUUUUAUAAGCAAUUUUGAUCAAACUUGUACAAAACUUGUAUUGGCAUGAUAUCUCAGUUCCUUUCGAAAACUGGAAGGAUCCCAUCAUGGGUUCUAGAGUUAUUGCCCCUUAAAGGGCCAGAAUUUGCUAUUUUUGUGUGUCAACAAUUUCUUGUCUGCACGAUAGGGGUUUCAUUAAUGAUUUUAUUUUAACCAAACUUGCACACAACUUGUAUUACCAUAAGAUCUUGGUUCCUUACUUGAACCGGCCAGAUCCAGUUAUGGGUUCCAAAGUUAUGGCCUCUGAAGGGCCAAAAUUAGCUAUUUUGACCUUGUCUGCACAAUAGCAGCUUCAUUUAUGAUUUGAUUUUUACCAAACUUGCACACAACUUGUAUCACCAUGAGAUCUUGGUUCCUUUCUUGAACUGGCCAGAUUCCUUCAUGGGUUCCAGAGAAAGGCCCCUGAAAGGGGCCAGAAUUAGCUAUUUUGACCUUGUCUGCAAAAUAGCAGCUUUAUUUAUGAUUGGAAUUUAACCAAACUUGCACACAACUUGUGUCACCAUAAGAUGUUGGUUCCUUUCUUGAACUGACCAGAUUCCUUCAUGGGUUCCAGAGAAAGGCCCCUGAAAGGGCCAGAAUUAGCUAUUUUGACCUUGUCUGCACAAUAGCAGCUUUAUUUAUGAUUUGAAUUUAACCAAACUUGCACACAAUUUGUGUCACCAUAAGAUCUUGGUUCCUUUCUUCAACUGGCCAGAUUCCAUUAUGUGUUCCAGAGUAAUGGCCCCUGAAAUGGCCAAAAUUAGCUUUUUUGACCUUGUCUGCACCAUAGCAGCUUCAUUUAUGAUUUGAUUUUAAUUAAACUUGCACUAAACUUGUGUCUCCAUAAGAUUUCGGUUCCUUUCUUGAACUGACCAGAUCCCGUAAUGGGUUCCAGAGUUAUGGCCCCUGAAAGGGCCAAAAUUAGCUAUUUUGACCUUGUCUGCACAAUAGCAGCUUCGUUUAUGAUUUGAUUUUAAUUAAACUUGCACUAAACUUGUGUCUCCAUAAGAUGUCGGUUCCUUUCUUGAACUGACCAGAUCCCGUAAUGGGUUCCAGAAUUAUGGCCCCUGAAAGGGCCAAAAUUAGCUAUUUUGACCUUGUCUGCACAAUAGCAGCUUCGUUUAUGAUUUGAUUUUAAUCAAACUUGCACAAAACUUGUGUCACCAUAAGAUGUUGGUUCCUUUCUUGAACUGACCAGAACCCAUAACGGGUUCGAGAGUUAUGGCCCCUGAAUGGGCCAAAAUUAGCUAUUUUGACCUUGUCUGCACAAUAGCAGCUUCAUUUAUGAUUUGAUUUUUACCAAACUUGCACACAACUGUUAUCGAACCAAGAUGUUGGUUCCUUUCUUGAAAUGGUUAGAUUCCAUUAUGGGUUCCAGAGUUAUGGCCCCUGAUAGGGCCAGAAUUAGCUAUUUUGACCUUGUCUGCACAAUAGCAGCUUCAUUUAUGAUUUGAAUUUAAUCAAACUUGCACAAAACUUGUGUCACCAUAAGGUCUUGGUUCCUUUCUUGAACCGGCCAGAUCCCAUUAUGGGUUCCAGAGUUACGGCCCCUGAAAGGGCCAAAAUUAGCUAUUUUGACCUUUUCGGCAUAAUAGCAGCUUCAUUUAAUAUUUGAUUUUAACCAAACUUGCACACAACUUGUAUCACCAUAAGAUCUUGAUUCCUUUUUAUACGCCCGAAUGGACAUAUUAUGUUAUCGCCUCGGUGUCUGUCAGUCUGUAUGUCUGUUGGUUAGUAAUUUCCCUUCUGCUCUGUAACUGUUGAACCCCUUGAAGGAUUUCAAAGAAACCUGACACAAAUGUUCACCUCAUCGAAACAAUGUGCAGAGCGUAUAUUUCGGAUGGCUCACUUUAAGGUCAAGGUCACACUUAGGGGUCAAAGGUCAUAUGACUUUGUUUUGUGUGUAUAUUGCUCUGCAUUUGCGUCGAUUGCAGUGCUCUUGUUUUUAUUUGGCAGAUCCUUCUUUUUCAGUUACUUCCCUUUUAUGUUACUAUAAAUAGCUUAUUAAGUAACUUUAUUAUUAUUGGCCUUAGGGAAAAACCGAGACCACUUUUCUGUGGUACAACAUGGAUGGUACCUCCAAUUUUUAGGUGUGUUUUGAAAUAUCUGUACCUUGUAAGAAUUUUUCAUUUCUUUUUGGUUAAAUUCCGCCCUUUGUUGUUCCUGUCCUUUGGACUUAGAUAUUUUUUCUGAGGACUUAGAUUUAUGGACUUAGAUAUUUUUUCUGAGGACUUAGAUUUAUUUUUAAUUUCUUCCCUUUGUUGUUCCUGUCCUUUGGCUUCAUCAGUCAAAAUUUUGCUCGAUGUAAUCCUUCGGGCAUGCAACUACUGGCCUGAUUUGAAAAUAAUUUUAUUUGAAGUAACUUUAAGAAAAUUUCAACUAUAUUUUCUCAUAAUUCUUUUGAUUGAUCUUGAUUAUGAUUUUUUGACCUUGUCCUUAAGUGCAAUGAUAACAGGUGAGCGAUAUAGGGCCAUUUUGGCCCUCUUGUUAACAUUUUGGUAGUAAAAAAUGGGAGAGGAGGUUGUAUUUGGUGAAGUGAAACUCAAUUUUAGUACAAAUAGUACUUCCAGGUCACAGCAGUGUGAUUUUGAUGUGAUUUUACAGUAAGCAGAUGUGACAAGAGAAAUCUCUCUUAGCAGAUACAUGACCCCUACUUUUCUCUUCAUUUUAUAUCAGUUUUAUCAUAACUCUUUAAAAUGAGGUAAGGAUUUCUUCUCUGAAAUGGGUCUAGCUAUGUUUGGUGGCUCUUUAAAAAUGUCAGUUUUAUAUAGAAUAUUAUUAUAGGGAAUACUAUUUUGUGUAAUGUGACCUAUAUUAAUAUUUUUUUUUCAAUGCAAUGUUGGAAAGACUUUCAACAUAUUUGAAAAGAACGACUUAGCACGUUAGGUAUAUUAUUAUACCAAGAGAAAAGACAUAUCCACUGGCGAAGCUUAUAAGCCAGUGAGGUCAGUCAUUUUGGUGAUUUUAUGUUAUAACUGCUGUUAGGUAAGGAUCUUACAAUUUAUUAUGUUAAUUGUUUUGAUAGCAUGUUUGUAUUGAAUUCCUCUAUUAGAACAUUGGAAGGAGUUAUGCCGCAGACUGUAAAGUCUUUGUUUAAGGGAAGGACAGAUUUGAAGGUUAAAGUAAAAAUUCAGUCUACUUCAGAAUUGAUUCUACUUAAAGUUAAAAUUGUUACUUUUUAUGAUGUGUUUUUAUCAGUCAUUUGAGCACAACCACCGUUUGAGUUGCUUUGAAAGUGAGUUUAGGGACAAAUCACCAAACUGAGGCUAUAAACUUUGUAACUUGAUUAUGUUUGUAAUUUCACGUUUGUGAUUUUGUGUUUCUUCACACACUCUUUAACAUUGAGGUUUUGCAUAAUGAAAUCCAUUGUCUUUUAUUUUGGGAUAUUGUUUAUUUGUUAAUACUUACUAUAAAGAAACGUUUUGAGAUUUUGAA